CAAAGAUUUAUACAAUCCCUUUCAAAAAUAUCUAUUCGCCUACUUAUUUCUGAGAUUAUGUAAAGGUGAUAAGAUGGCUAACACGUGACUCUAGUCUAGGCUCCUAGGUAUCAUUCUUCAAUACCUAAGCCUCACCUCUCCAGAAAGCAGUUCAAUCCAAGACUUUUACGUACUCUUGCUUCACAUUAUAUUCUGAAGGGUACUGAUCUGGCAGUAUAGCCACGGGCUUGAGGACUCUGGACGGCACGACUUACAUCUCCAAUCUCUACCUGAAUCGUCACAGCCUUGUGUACAGUGUUUGGCAGGUCUAGCUAGAGAUCGGGCAUGGCUCCCCUCCGGUUACUCGAUGUUAACUCAAUGCAAUUCGCCGAUGGCAGGUAUCUUGCAGACAAAGAAAGGCAAUCAGGGAAAGUCGUCCCGUAUGCCAUCUUGUCGCACAGAUGGCUAGCAGAGGAGGACGAGGUCCAGUUCGACGAUAUCAAGUCUGUAGAGGUGGCCGUAUCGAAGAAAGGGUUCGCGAAGAUCUUCAAGUCUUGUAGGCUUGCUAAAGAGCAGGGUUUGGAGUUUGUGUGGCUUGAUACUUGCUGCAUUGAUAAAGGCAACCCAGCUGAGCUACAGGAGUCCAUCAAUAGCAUGUAUCGCUGGUACCAAGACGCAGCUGUAUGCUAUGCGUAUCUGAAAGAUACAGAAGCAACUUUCCCGAGCUCAAUGGAAAAUGAUGAAUGUUCUUCGAAUGUCCGGCCAAUGGGUGACGUUUGCGGGGGUUGGACACUUCAGGAGCUCAUUGCACCACGUCGUGUGGAGUUUUACGACACCAAUUGGCAGGCUCUUGGCGACAAACACUUCUUGAAAGAUCGUAUCAGCGCGGUUACCAAGAUCGAUAGAGCCAUUCUGGAGGGUUCGAAGUCUCUGGAAGAUUGCUCGGUUGCAGCACGCCUGUCUUGGGCCUCAAUCCGGCAAACCGUCAAGAUCGAAGAUCGAGCUUAUAGCCUUCUCGGCUUGCUCGGAGCCAAUAUGCCUAUGCUGUACGGCGAGGUUGAGAAGUCAUUCAUGCGCCUUCAAGAAGAGAUCAUCAAGACCUCUGACGAUCAUUCAAUCUUUGCUUGGAAGGGAAGUCAAAGACGAGUAUCCCGGUCUUCUCGCCGACUCCUUAGACAACUUUCAGAACUGUGGAUCUGUCAAGUGCACUCAUUUCCGUAG